UGUCGCGGCAGACCUUGGCGAUCCGCGGCCAGCUGUGUCGCCGGGCUGCGCGCCGGAGAUCGGAACAGGCAGCUUGCUCAUGAGUCAUGGACUUCCCCUGGCCCCUCCUCGACCACUCCCACUCCCUCUCAGGGCCCCCCCGUAGGGGCUAACGCGGGCGCGGCGGCUCCGAGGGGGUGGGGCUGCUGGGAAUGGCUGUGCCCCCUUCAGCUCCAGUGCCGUGCUCGCCCUUUUACCUGCGGAGGCAGGAGCCUUGCCCGCAGUGCUCAUGGAGCAUGGAGGAGAAGGCGGUGGCCAGCGCCGGCUGCUGGGAGCCUCCAGGUCCCCCGAGGGCCGCUGUCCCGUGCUUCGGCGUCGCGGUGGACCAGGACGACAUCCUCCCCGGUGCCCUGCGUCUCAUUCGGGAGCUGCGGCCGCACUGGAAGCCCGAACAAGUUCGGACCAAGCGUUUCAAAGACGGCAUCACCAACAAGCUAGUGGCCUGCUACGUGGAGGAGGACAUGCGGGACUGCGUGCUGGUCCGGGUGUAUGGGGAGCGGACGGAGUUGCUGGUGGACCGGGAGAAUGAGGUCAGAAACUUCCAACUGCUGCGAGCACACGGCUGCGCCCCCAAACUCUACUGUACCUUUCAGAACGGGCUAUGCUACGAGUAUGUGCAGGGUGUGGCCCUGGGACCGGAGCAUAUCCGAGAGCCCCAGCUCUUCAGGUUAAUCGCCUUAGAAAUGGCAAAGAUUCACACCAUCCACGCCAAUGGCAGCCUGCCUAAGCCCACUCUCUGGCAUAAGAUGCACCGUUACUUCACGCUGGUCAAGGAUGAGAUCAAUCCCAGCCUUUCUGCAGAUGUCCCUAAGGUAGAGGUGUUGGAACAGGAGCUGGCCUGGCUGAAGGAACACCUGUCCCAGUUGGAUUCCCCCGUGGUGUUUUGUCACAAUGAUCUGCUGUGCAAGAAUAUCAUCUAUGAUAGUGACAAAGGCCAUGUGCGCUUCAUCGACUACGAAUAUGCAGGGUACAACUACCAGGCUUUUGACAUUGGCAACCAUUUCAAUGAGUUUGCAGGUGUGAAUGAGGUUGAUUACAGCCGGUACCCAGCUCGGGAGAUCCAGCUGCAGUGGCUGCGUUAUUAUCUUGAGGCGCAGAAGGGGACAGCUGCGUCCCCCAGGGAGGUGGAGCAGCUUUAUGUACAAGUCAACAAGUUUGCUCUGGCAUCUCACUUCUUCUGGGCGCUCUGGGCCCUCAUACAGAACCAGUACUCCACCAUCAGCUUUGACUUCCUCAGGUAUGCAGUGAUCCGAUUCAACCAGUACUUUAAGGUGAAGCCUCAGGUGUCGGUCUUGGAGCUGCCAAAGUGACCAGCCUCCUGUUUUUCCAUGUCCUCUUGCUGCCAGAACUGCUCCCCAGGAUACCCUUCUGCCUUGGAGUUGGCACCCUGGGGCAAGGUGGGCAUCCAUGGAGAAGGCCCCCUAGUGGAUGCCAAUGAAGACUUCAUUUUCCUGUUUGGAGGGACUGAUGAGUCCCAGCAUUGGGGGUGGGACCCCCUUCACCCUGCCAGGCUUGGAGAGGAAGUGCCUGCAGAUAGCUGAGGCCUGGACUGGCCCCCUGUGAGAGCACACUGUUGCCAGCCCAGGCCUGCUAGAGCUUGGGCUGUCUCAGUUUGUCCUUGACCCUUCCGAGUAGGGGAGGGGAAGGGCUCAUUUCUACCUCUGGUGCCCCAGCCCCCAGUUGAGCCAUGUGAGCCCCAGGUGAGAGGUUCUGAGCUCCAAGCCGGUAGGAAGCCAACUCUGUUUGUCAUCUCGGCAAAGAGGUCCCAGCUGUGCGUGACAGCUUCUGUAGCAGCUGCCGCAUCUGAGGCUGCCAACUUCUCCAGCCAGAUGCCACCCAGUCACCCCUGCCCCAGGUUCCUUCCAUCCCCUACAGAGAGGGAUGGCAGACCUGGAGCAGGCAUGGCCUUGGGUCAGGUGGUAGGUACCAGAGCUAGCAUUCUCCUCCACCUCUCUCCCUUCUAUUCUGAAGGUAACAGAAGUCUUCCCAUUGGGGAAUGAAUGGUGGAAGGCAAGAAGGCAGGGCCUAGGCACCUAGAGGCCAGCACAGUUGCCUGGGCAUGGCCAGAUACUGAAGGUGUUGCCAGCUCAGUACCCACCUCCCAGUCCUUACAGUUCCUAAGGGGGUCUGGUAUAGGUCCCUACUGUGAUUCAUUUGUAGAUUAUCAUGGUUUUCUGCAUUAAAAUGUUUGUUUCUGGAAUGUGGU